GGGAUGUUUAAAUAAGAAUUAUUUUUUAGUCGAUACUACGCAUGAUGGUGCAAGAUACAUAGAACUUUAUGAUUUGAAGACAAACCAUUUAGUAAAUACCUUUCAAAGACAGAAUUUAAAUCAAUUAACUUUUCUUGUUGAUAUUACUGAUAGUUUCGCAAUAUCAAACAAUGAUAAAUUAUUAGCAUAUAAAUCUAAAAACCAGAUCAAGUUAUACCUGAUUGAAUGCGGUCUUGAGCUAGCAUAG